AAAAAUGGAAAUUGUCUCUUUCUUGUGACAGAAGUUGUUCUCCGGUUCAGCGCUGAGCAAAUUUGAUUUCAAAGUUGUUUAUCUCGACCGGGAAAUCGCACGAACAUGGCAGCCGCUGUAGUGUCAGGCAAGGAUAUCGAGAAGCCACAGGCUGAGAUCUCGCCGAUCCACCGCAUUAGAAUCACGCUGACGUCCCGCAACGUGAGGUCGCUGGAGAAGGUGUGUGCUGACCUCAUCAAUGGCGCCAAGAAGCAGAAGCUGCGCGUCAAGGGCCCCGUCCGCAUGCCCACCAAGAUCCUGCGCAUCACCACCCGCAAGACCCCCUGCGGUGAGGGCUCCAAGACCUGGGACCGCUUCCAGAUGCGCAUCCACAAGCGGGUCAUCGACCUGCACUCUCCCUCGGAGAUCGUGAAGCAGAUCACCAGCAUCAACAUUGAGCCGGGUGUAGAGGUGGAAGUCACUAUUGCUGACGCGUAGGCACAGCUGCCAAAUAAAUCUAUUUUGGUUUAAGGA